AUGCAAGGAAAUCCCUAUCUAAACUAUCAAGGAGCAUUUGGAAACCUCACAGAAACUGAUAAAAAGCAGCACUGCAGUUUAAGGAUACAGACAUGGGUCUACAUUCACAGUGGAAUCAGUAUCGUCACAUCACUUCUAGGAAUCACACUGGGCUCAAUUUUACUUGUGAGAACGGAAUGGCACGAGAAACUUUUCCUGUAUAGACUGACACUUGCUUAUCUUCGUAGAUCCGAUCCGAGUAAGUACUGGAUAGUCUAUCGGGUAUUCUUUGGUGUCUGGAUAGCGGUACAUUCAUUGCAUUUGGUUACGAUUGUCCUGACAGUUAUAGGAGUUCAUAAGACAAAUUUGAAGCUUCUGAAACCUCAACUUUUUGUUCUUGUUUUUCAAAUUGGCCUCUUCAUAUUGGGUAUUUCAAGUCUUUUUGUGUACAGUAUGACCGGCACUCGCGUGGCAUGGCUUGCCUUGUUCGUUGUAUUGUUUCAUACUUUAUUUGCGAGCACAAAUCUAUAUCUCCUUGCAAAAUUCCACAGGUUUUUAGACGAGAAACUAAUGAUUUUGAGGGACAUUUUGAGUGCGCAAGCAAAAUCAGUUCACUUCAAGGACGACUCCUCGUUUUAA